CUUCCGUUUGCAAAACAAGAUAAAAUAAUUUAUUGUGCUGGUAAAAAUCGUGUCAGUGAUUAUUUCCCGUCUUUAUUAAAAUUAUCUAUUUUAAUGUUGAAUUUUUUCAUUAUUAAUGUAAUGAUAUUUAAAUAAUUGCCAAUAAAACUACAAUUUAUAUAGAAAUAACUUAUUGUGGUAGUGCUAUUUGAAAAAUCUAGAAAACCACUUUGGGGGUAUACAAAAUGGACGUCAUCGAGUCUAAUCGCUAAUUCCCGGUGAAAAAUAUUUUGUGGAGUUAAAAUGGAAACAGUAAAUUCACAGUUGUUGACCAAAGCCAUAAACUUUCAUGGUCAACAGCUGCAAAAGUUGUGGGAAGGUGAAUUUGGAGAAAAUGAUUUGACAAGAAAAAAUGUCAAAGAUUUGAAUUACAAUGUGUAUAGUCAACGGCAGAAGAACCUACCUUUUCAAGAUAGAGGUAAACGGUUGAAGCUCCAACAGUUUUUGAUAAAGAAGGCUAAUCUUAUCUAUAGUUUGGAACCCUCCAAGCCAAAAAACAAUGAGAAGACAAUUACUGAAGAUAUGUAUGCUGUUAUGCCUCCUUUUGAAACUUACACAAGUGUAGACAAGCAGAAAAGAGUGACAUUCUUCAUGGAGAAUGUGAAAGUAGGUAAUCUAAUCUUGGGCACCAUUGUGAGCAGGCAACAAUCAGGAAUGAUGUUGAAAGUGUUGUGUACUACUGGAAAUGGUAACACUUGUUUGUAUGCUGCUGAUAUCAAUGUCAAGGCAUUCUGUCCAGUUGCAAAUGUCAUUAACGCAGUGGACAAAAAGGGGGUAUCACGCAACUACAUGAUGAAUGACUAUGUGUGUUGUGAAGUGCUUGAAAUCAUGCCUGAUACAGAUAAGCUAAUAUGUGGUAUGAUGGGUGUAACUAGGAAAUCAUCAGAUCCAGAACAUCGACCACCUCUAGGGCUUAUUAGUACUGACGAUUUUCCUCUUAUAUACAAAAAAGCGUUGGAUCACAAGAGUGAGAGUUACGACAGUGUUUUAGAGAAGAGCGUCGGGUUCAAUAACCCCAAUAACAUUCAAUACCUCUCAGAACAGAUGGACGUUAAUAAACAUCUCAGCUUCAUCACAGGCUUAAAGUACAGGUUCCCGGAAAACGAGUAUGCCAUCGAGUUAAGACAAGUCCAGGCCAGUAAAUGGGCUUACCGCAAUGUAGCAGACGGCAUAGAUCAUUUUAAGGCGGGAAAACACGUGGAAGCGUUCCAAUGUCUCAACAAAGCCCUCAAUAUCGAUCCCAAGAAUGUCGAAGGCCUUGUCGCGAGAGGUGCGCUUUAUGCUAACAGCGGAAAUUUCCAGAAGGCCAUUGAAGAUUUCGAAACUGCAUUGAAACUGAAUCCUAAUCAUGGAAACGCUCGAAAGUACAUGGGAGAAACUCUCGUCGCUUUAGGAAGGAGUUACGAGGAAGAAAAUAAAAUAGAGGAAGCGAGGAAAGCGUAUCAGAGUUGCUUGGCCAUCAUUCCUUACCACGAAGAAGCUCAGAACUCUUUGGAUUUCUUAAAAUCUAAAGUUCAACCAAAAAAUCUCAUCGAACCCACUGAGCUUUUACUGCCAAGUUUGAAUGUGCCCUCCAAGCAAACUGACAUGAAUGACGCACUUAAACAACUUCUAAAGACCGAGGAGGAAGACAAGAAAGAUAAGAAAAAGAAAAAGAAGAGCAAAAAGCGCAAGAGUCGAAAACGCUCCAGUUCCAGUUCAAGCUCGAGCUCGUCGGCAAGCGGAGAAUCCUCCUCGAGCUCGUCUAGCAGUUCCAGCGACUCGAGCUCCAGCUCGGGCGAUUCCGAUUUUAAAAAGCGCAAGAAGCACAGAUCGAGGUCUCACCGGCGUAAAGAACGUGAGAAUUCGCUCAGUCCUUUGAGCAAGAGGAUGGCUUUGAUGGACCAGAGCCACGAUACCCCCAAUACUAGUUACAAUUUCAACAAACCGGCCACCUCCAGCUUCGAGUUUAGCUUUGAACAUCCUGAGCCAUCUAAACCACCUGAGAACGAAUAUGAAAAUAAAUUGAGAGCCUUCCUGGACCAAACCAAGGGCGAUUCCGACUACGAGGACAAACUGAGAAAAUUCCUGGAAGAGACGAAAUGGAAGAAGGGCAAGGGCGAGGACAAAAAGAAGAAGAAAAAGAAAGAAAAGAAGGCCAAGAAGGAAAGCAAGAAAAAGAAGAAGAAGGAAAAGAUGAAGAGAAAACAGAGCUUUGAUUUGAGCGAAUUGGACGACCACAAGAAGCUAAGGGACGCCAUUAAGAAGGAAUUGAGCAAAGAAAAGAAAUCGAAGAGGCACAGUCUGCCGUCUGAAGACGACGAGUACAUCUUGCAGAAGUCUGGUUACAGCAAGAAAUUUAUUGAUAGUUUACCGGAUUUAGAAGAGUUAGAAUCAAAAUUAAAUGCAUAUUACGCAUUCGAGAAGGACAGUAAACGCAUUAAAGAACGAAGCCCUAGCCCACCCAAGCGGAUUUUAGACUCCCCGUCUCCUACAAGGGAGCAAAAGGCGCGACAGGCAGUAGCCGAAGCUACGGCCUCUGCCGGAGCCCAGAAGUGGAAAAUGCAAAUUGCCGGCACUUCGGGCAAUUCUAGGUUCAAAAAGAAACCCGAAAGAGCGCCUCCUGCUUCCGAUUGGCAGUCUGAUAGAGACAAACGCGAGCGGGAGCGGGAACGCGAUAGAGAGAGGGAAAGAGAGAGAGAACGUGCUAAAAGUUCUUCUCCCUCCGACGACUCUCCUCCACCGAAAAAAAUGUCUUUGCCUCCACUUCCUCCUGUUGAGAAGGCCGUUAGCGUGCGCAAGGCCAUGGCCUUAAAAGAACCGCCGCCUAAAAAGCCAGAGUCCCCUAAAAAGUUAAAACUGACUCCAGCUCCGCCCUUGCCGAAAAUACCGCAGGGACAAGUUGUGCUUGAUAAAUUUGGAAACUUCAGGCUGAUUUCUCCGCCUGAAUUGAAAAAGGGAGAAGGAAUGAGUUCAGGUCGCCGCCCGCCGGAGCCUCCAGGUCGCCCGCGCAGCGACAGCCGCUCGCCCAAACGCCGCAGUCGCAGCCGUUCCAGAUCGUCGAGCGGAUCGCGAUCUCGCUCGCGCUCACGAUCUCGGAGCUAUCGCUCGCGAUCGCGCAGCUACUACAGCAGAUCGCGAUCGCGCAGCGGCUCCUACUACUCACGCAGUCGCAGCCGUUCGCGAAGUUAUUCCGGAGAUCGGCGCAGGUACAACCGCAGAGGUGGCUUCAGAGGCAGGCAUCCAAAUGACAGGGGCACGUACUACAAACCGAGGUUCCAAGCGCCAAGGCAUAACGGUCAAAGAGGUAGAGGUGGUAAUUAUUAUAAUAAUAGGGAUUCCAGGUAUGGCGAUAGAGACUAUCGAGGCAGAGGCAGACCGUACCAGUUCCAAAACAGGGGUAACCGAAGACAACAGCGAGGUAGAUAUGGUUCUAGAGGAGGAGGAGGAUACAGAGAUUAUAGGGAUCGCAGAUAUUCAAGAAGCAGAUCCCGCGAUCGUGAUCACAGCAGGUCAUACAGUCCUAGCAAUUCAGAUGCCUCUCCUCCAUCGAAAAGAGACAGAUCUUCUCCUCCAUCCGAGAAAGAAAAGAUCAACAAGUAUUCUGACGGGGACGCGCCUAUCCAGCAUGAAGGACCGCUUUCUGAAGGCGAGGACAGGGACGAUUAUAUCAGCACUGAUACCAGCAAGUUGAUCGAUAGGGAAAUCGGUGGUAAGUGGGCUGAUAAAGAAGCUGAUACUAGUAAGGAGGAAGCCAAAGAGAGUGGCCAAGGGGAGGCUGUGGAAGUGAAGGAGUAAAUAGGUGGACUUUCUUUUUGUCUAUAAUUCUUUAAGGACGAUUUGAGUGUUGCUAUGUAAUAUAAUUUGUAUUCUUUCAUAUAGAAAUAAAGGUUAAUUGUACACGA